AUGGCUUCAGAGCAACACCAGCUACCUCCUGUAGAGCUCUCUGCUCAUGAACAACUUGUUGUCGUUGCAGUUGCAGUGCUCGGACAAGCCGUCGACCUCGUGGAGAACUCGCUGAACAGCGACGAACAACUUUCGUUUGCGUCGGCGAUGAUUCCUGGCUCUACAAUAGGAAAACAUUUAAGGCAUGCGAGAGAUCAUUUUGCUCUGCUGUUGGACGCGCUUUCAGGACCUAAGCCACUAAGAGUCUCUUACGAUGCGAGGAACAGAAAUACCCCAAUGGAAAACGCGCGAAGUGCAGCGGUCCAGGCGCUUGAAGAGACCAUUACUCGUCUGCGGAAUCUUAAGGUGAACGACAUGGAUGAAGAACUUACACUGGAUGCAAUCACACCGUAUCCUCAAGUUCUCAAGACGUCCAUCGGGCGCGAACUUUGGUUUGGUUCACUUCAUGCAAUUCAUCACUGGUCCAUGGUUCGGGUGGUUGCGGCAGAGAUGGGAAUCACCAUUGAACCGUCGUUUGAGGUUGAAAGGGCGGCUGGUGUUAUUCGUGCAGCUGCCAAAGGUCGAAAGAUCUCCAAAGUUGAGACUACAGAAGAUACGAUUGUCUAUACUGGGACGAGCCAUACAGAGUUUGCCCAGGAGAUUACAGGAAGAACACUUGUUGAUACAGGUCGCUAUGGAAAAGUAUUCUACCUCUUGCUAGACGGAGACGGACGAGUGCCUGUUCUGCAUCUAGGCAUGACUGGAGCUAUUCAAGUCCGAGGUGGGGAAGCUUUAUACUAUCGAAAGAAACCCAAACAAGAUCCAAAUGAUUGGCCUCCUAAAUUCAUGAAGUUUAUUCUACAUUUUGAGCCUCUGGAGGAAGGAGGAGAGAUCACAGAGAUUGCCUUUCUAGACCCGCGCAGGCUGGCGAGAAUCAGACUGUGCAAGGACCAUCUGAACGAGCCACCGAUUUCGGCCCUUGGGUUCGAUCCAAUUCUCUCUAUGCCGCCAAUAGAAGAGUUUCAAGAAAAGGUGCUCAAACGUGGAUGCCCUAUCAAAGCCCUCCUCCUCGACCAAUCCUUCUCUGCUGGAGUCGGUAACUGGAUCGCAGAUGAGGUCUUGUUCCAUUCAGCUGUUCACCCAGAGCAAACGGCCAAGUCACUUUCCCCGGAGAAGAUUAAGCUUCUGUACCGCAAUAUUGAAUACGUAUGCAAGACUGCUGUCGAGGUCAACGCAGACUCUCGGGAGUUUCCAUCGAAUUGGCUCUUCAAGCAUCGAUGGGGCAAAGGCAAAGACAAGUCGACUCUCGUCCUGCCUUCUGGUGAAAAGGCAUCUAUCAAAUGGAUCACUGUCGGGGGAAGAACAUCAGCCGUGGAUGAUACCGAAUCCAGUGCCUCUGAGCUGACGGAUCUAGGUGACGAUACAGAGGAUGAGGAAAAGAAGCGCAAGCCAGCAAAAGGGAAACGCAAGGCGCCUCCAGAGCCCAAACAAAGCCGCAAGAAACUCAAAAGGUCCGGGUUAACCCAAGUCACGGGACAACUAACGCUAUCAUCAUGA